AAAUCUUACCAAACAUCGGCUUUUCCGACAUAACCGAGAAUUCUCUCUCUCGGUAGGUUCGCCACCUUCGCGGACCUUGCGUCAAUGGAUAAGCGGCUGGAAAACGAACAAGAGCAUGGGCCGGCGAUAAUCUCCGACCAGGUUCUGGUCAACGGGAUUGCCACGCCGUUGAUGUUGACCGCCGACGGAGAGCUCUGGUGGAUGGGGGCUGUUCGCCGGAGUUUAACGGUGGAGAAGGACGUUAUCGGAUUCUCCAUCGAAGGAAGCAAGGUGAGGGUGAAGGCUGUUGUGGAGAGAGGAGGAGGAGGAAUCUGCGGCGGAGGAAUCGCGGGAGAUUGCGUGAGGAAGGAUUUCGUCUUCGAGCCUCUCUCCGAUUAUUCCAGAAACCUAUGGCGCCACAAGCUCGGCGAAUGCCUCGAUUCUCUCGGUCGGCCCAAGAAGUUGUUUGUGUUUGUGAACCCAUACGGUGGAAAGAAAUCAGCGAGAACGAUCUUCCAGGAGGAAGUAAAGCCAUUGUUAGAAGCUGCAGAUAUUCAACUUGAGGUUAAAGAAACAAAGUAUCAGCUGCAUGCCAAGGAAAUUGUCAGAUCCUUGGAUCUUGCUGAAUACGAUGGUAUAGUUUGUGUCAGUGGAGAUGGUAUCCUUGUUGAGGUGGUAAAUGGAUUGCUCGAAAGAGAAGAUUGGAGAAACGCUAUAAGAACGCCGAUUGGAAUGAUCCCUGGAGGAACCGGUAAUGGCAUGAUAAAAUCUCUGUUGGACUCUGUCGGGCUUCAGUGCAGUGCGAGAAGUGCUACUAUUUCUGUAAUUCGAGGUCACAAACGUUCUCUAGACGUCGCAACUAUCUUACAAGGGGACACGAGAUUCUUCAGCAUCUUGAUGCUCGCUUGGGGUCUAGUGGCUGAUAUAGACAUCGAGUCAGAGAAGUUCAGAUGGAUGGGCAGUGCUCGGCUUGACUUUUACGCUCUUCAGAGAAUAAUACGGUUGAGGCGUUAUAAUGGACGGGUUUUAUUUGUGCCGGCUCCUGGGUUUGAAGGCUAUGGCCAGCCGGCCAGUUAUGAAGCCAGAUCCCGUGCCAGUUCAGACAAAGCGCCAUCAGUUGAAGCCAAGAAGCUCGGGUAUCAGGGACCUAACACAGAGACCAGAAAUCAAGAAUGGAGGGAAAUAAAUGGACCGUUUGUUUCAGUAUGGCUUCAUAAUGUUCCGUGGGGUGCCGAGAACACCUUGGCUGCACCUGAUGCGAAGUUUUCUGAUGGAUUCCUGGACUUGAUUCUCAUCAAAGACUGUCCUAAGCUUGCUCUGUUGUCACUAAUGACAAAGUUAACCGAUGGAGGGCAUGUUAAAUCUCCCUAUACGAUGUAUCUAAAGGUGAAGGAAUUUGUACUGGAGCCAGGGGCAAGAGUGGAAGAUCCGGACAAGGACGGGAUCAUAGAUUCAGACGGAGAGGUUCUUGCAAGGGGAAGGAGAACGUAUAAUUCCGACCACAAGGCUUUGAUGUCUUACAGUGAGCUUCGAGUUACAGUUGACCAAGGUUUAGCCACACUCUUCUCUCCCAAAUAAUGUUAUCCUCCAUCCCUUCCUCUCCUUCACCAUUCAUUCCCCGCCAUUACACACACUCAUACAUACAUACUGAAAUAUCCAGAUCUGACCUUUGAGAGUUUUCAUAUCAUGUUCUGUUUUGUUUUAUCAGUUUGGUCUUUGUUUUUUUUUUUUUCUUAACUGGGAAAAGUCUAUCUGAUGGGUCGAUGUACAGAAGCAAACUGAUGAUUGUUCAGCAUUCUCCGACAACAUGAGAAAAAGAAAAGAUUCUUGCCGUGGCUGUUCUAUU